GUUGGUUAAAACAUCAUUAAUAUUAAGGCGGUUUCCUUAAAACGCCACAAUAUUCAUGAAUUGAGGCGGUUUAUAUCACUGCCAUAAUGUAUCUGUAAGUCAGGGACAUUUUUGGCAGUACGAACCGCUGUUAUCUACUAUUUAAUUAGAAGAAAGCCCAACCUAAACCUAAUUGCGAGUAGAAGAGAGUAAAGCGUGAGGAACGAGCUUCUCCUCUAGUGGCUUCUUCUCCUCCAUUGAUGCGAGCUUCUCCUCUAUUCUUGUGAGCUUCUCUGCCAUUGAUGCGAGCUUCUCCUCCAUCGAGCUUCUGCGUUCUAUGUUGUGCGAGCUUCUUACCCUAACUCGUCUUCUCCGUGUCCCUUCUCAUUUCUAGAAUUCGAAAAUGACAUCACUGCUGCUCUGCAAGCUUCUCCUCCAUCAAUGAUUCUUCCCCUCCAUCGAUGUCAUGUCCAUCAAUGCUUAUCCUCUGAUGGUACAUUUACUUCCGUUGAUGCGAUUUGCGAGGUUUUGAUUUUCUUCCUUGUUCAAUUUAUUUUUAGGUCAGAAAUCAGGGAUUGUUAGAAAAAAUUGAGUAAGGUCUUCACUGAAUUUUUUCAUAAUUAUAGGAUUGAUUAGAAUCAUGUGAUACUUGUUUUCUCCUGGUAUUAUGUGCACUGUGAACUGCAUUGAUAUUCUUCUUCAUGUUUUCUGUUUGCAGAAAAAGCUUUUAAGGAAUUUACUAGUAAGCUUUUAAGUAGUUAGUAUUCCAUUGACAUUUUCUAUUAAAUUGAUCACCUUGUGUUACUUUUUACAGGAAUCUUGAUAACUCUAAUCUAUCUGGACAUUUGGUAUCUAAACUUGGGAAGCUUAAGCAUUUUAUAAUAUCUAUAUGCUAUAUAUACUAUGGUUAAAAUUUUGGUAUGGUGACGUGGGUUUUCUAAUGUCAAAUGUGCACAUAUAGCUCUAGUAGACUCUGUUUUCAAUUUUUCAUCUUAAGUGCUCUUAAUGUACUUAAUGAAUUUUUGCAAUUUUUCAACUUAAGUGCUCUUAAUGCAUUUUUCCCCCUCAAGUAGACUCUGUUCACGUCUUUCUCUUUACUUUAGGUGUGAGGUUUGUAAUGCUCUUCCUUGUUAAUAAUAAUCUCUUUUGUUUCCAGUUGUAGCACAAAUAGUAAGCCCUUUUCUUUCUAUUUGUCACUUUGUUGGUGUGCAUUAAUCUCUACUCUUUCUUAUGUUGUAGAUAUUUAGAGCACUUGCUUAUCUUCACAACAGCAUUGAAGUAUGUCACAGGGACAUAAAACCUCAAAAUUACUGAUGCAGGUUGAGAGGCAUCUCGUUAGGCGUCUGGACUCUUGAAGCGGAGUGGUUACUGGGUUAUUUUGUUAUGCUAUGAUGUAUAUAUAUGUACUUAGCUUUCUCUCCACAUAACUUAUUCUUUUUGAUCCUCCUAGAGGUGUAUGGAGAGGUAGGAUUUAUUUUAUGUACAUUUAGGUUUUGGAUAUGUAUAUAUAUGUAUAUAUGUGUGUAUAUUCUCCGACCAGUCUUGACUUCGCAGGCUGAGUCAGGAGCUCGUUAUUGUAUCUUUGACUCUCUGUUCCUGUUUUGGGUUACUUUACACUUGACAGCGGUAGCUUUCUUAGCAUGCAAGUUAACUCGUUUUUCGAGCGUUGCGCUUUUAUUUCACGAUUUCUAUUUCCUCUAUUCUUCAAGGCUCCUAGCAUAUUAUAAUUCUUCUGCUAUUAUAUAUAUACAUUUUAUUUUAGAGGUCGUAAUACCACAUCACCUCUGUUUUACGACUUAAGCGUAAAGCUUUGUGUGGUAGGGUGUUACAGCGCUAACUUAUUUGUGUUCUAUGAUUUGAUUUUCAAUCUGGCUCAUCUCCUCGCCUCGGCAAGCAAUGCCGUUGUUGCUCCCUUCAGCAAGCUUCUACAAUUUGGUUUCGCCAUCUCUGUCACUUCUAAUAGGUUACCUUGGAAGAGACCAUCAAUAAAUUACAAAGUGAAAAUGAAUGGGAGAAGCAAAACCAGAUCAUUGAAUUUGAAUUUACGGUUUAAUGACUGCUAGUUUGGAAAUGAGAAUUUCACAAUUACAGAGUGAGAAUAGUUCCUUACUUGAAAAAGAGGCUGAAUUGGUGGAAAAGGCCACUCAGGUAGCCUUGGAAGAGACUAUCAAUAAAUUAAAAUGUGACAAUGAAUUGCACACACGAAAACAGGUUGGUUUAGAAAUGAGAAUUGCACAGUUAGAGAGUGAGAAGAGUUCCUUGCUUCAAAAAGAGGUUGGAUUGGUGGAAGAAACCAAGUGGUUGCUGAGUGAAAAAGAAAUUUUGAGCCUUAAAGUGGAUUGGAAAUUUGAGAAAAAAUCAUCUGAUAUUUAUACACCAGACAAUAUUAGUGACAAUGCGGGAAGCAGUGGAGGCAAUGUUCCAACAUCUGAAAGGGACAUCGAUGAAGAAGCACCACUAAUUACAUCAUCGUCAAGGUUAUCUCAUAUUGGACGCACGCAGCUAACAACCAUCCAACAGGAAAAUGAAAAAAAAAACAAAGAGAAAAAGAAGAAAUCAAAUAUAAAAUUCAUUUUAGAGUACCCAUUUGGAGAAAGAAGCUAGAAAGAGGAAGCUGAGUCAAUUGCACUCUAUUCCUCUCAUUCUUUUAGACGAUAGGUUCUUAUAAGGCGAUCAUAAUAUGCUUUGUUCUUUGUAAUUAUUUUGUUGAGUAGAAUGCAUCAUUUCUAGCCUGUGCAUUAUCUUUGACCAGAGGUGGAGGACAUAACUGGCCCUUAUAGAAAGUCCCCUAUUUUGGAAGCUCAGUUAUUUCAUUAUUCUUCCGGUUUUUUAAUGCAACAUUCCAAAGUUUAGUUUUAUGUUCUGCAGUAGUCAAUGCAUUUAUGAUUUCUUGUAAUGACUGAGACAUUCAAUCUUAUGGGUUAUGAUUUCUUGUUAAAC